CAGCAGCCAAACAUGUCCUCCUCCCACUUCAAGCCGCCCUGAACCGCUCCUUUCCCGAUCCGUCCUCUCCCCUCAGCCUCCCCAUAGCUGCCAGCAUGUCGUCCCUGCUCAAGCAAUCCGUCAAGCUCGCCCUCGUCCAGCUCGCCUGCACCGCCGACAAAGCGCACAACCUCUCGCACGCGCGCAAAAAGGUUCUCGAGGCCACCAAGCGCGGCGCAAAGAUCGUCGUACUCCCCGAAUGCUUCAACAGCCCAUACGGCACGAAAUACUUCCCGCAGUACGCCGAGACGCUGCUGCCCUCUCCGCCAACCGAAGACCAAUCUCCCACUUUCCACGCACUCUCGAAGCUCGCGAAGGAGGCAAAUGCAUACAUCGUCGGUGGAAGCAUACCGGAGCUUGUCGAAGAGGAAGGUGCUAAGAGCGGCGGCGGCAAAGACGGAAAGAAGUGGUACAACACGAACCUCACCUUUGCACCGAGCGGCGAGCUAUUAGCCACACAUCGCAAAGUGCACCUCUUCGACAUCGACAUCCCUGGCAAGAUCAAGUUCAAGGAGAGCGAUGUACUCUCCCCAGGCAACAAGAUUACACUGGUCGACAUACCUGAGUACGGUAAGAUCGCCAUCGCAAUAUGUUACGAUAUCCGCUUCCCUGAGCUGGCGACCAUUGCCGCGCGAAAGGGCGCGUUCCUACUCCUCUACCCCGGUGCGUUCAACAUGACGACGGGCGCGCUGCACUGGGAGUUGCAGGCGCGUGCGCGGGCCAUGGAUAACCAGGUGUUCGUCGGGUUAUGCAGUCCGAGCCGAGACAUGGAGGCUGAUUACAAUGCGUGGGGGCACAGCAUGGUUGUGGACCCCAACGCCGAGGUGCUGGAGCAGCUGGAUGAGAAGGAGGGGAUUGUGGUGCAGGAGUUGAAGGCGGGGAGGAUCGAGGAGGUGAGGAAGGGAAUUCCGCUGUAUACACAGAGGAGAUUCGAUGUGUAUCCGGAUGUGAGCGAGGGAGGUAGAUUCAAGGAGUAACGGAAAUGGUGGAGGUUGUGAUAGAGCAGUCACCCAGUCGCAUAUAUGACUACAGAGUCUUGAAAGAAAAGCUCAGUCUAAAGGCGUUGUGAUAUGCCUAGCUACGUUGUCAUGUCAGAAAACUAGACGCGUAUAACACCGCGAGCCACCCCGGAAUACAUCAUUUGGAAUAGCGGGAACCUUAGACAUCGAAC